GACGACAGCGCGGUGGUAGCAAAGUUGCGAGGGUACUCGGAAGCGUACUUCAAACACCUGUUCAAGCAACCGUACGGCGAGCAAAUGGAUGCAGCCCUGCACCUAGAAGCUGUGCCACUACACGGCGCAUCAUCAGACCAAAUCCGCUCGCAUUUCAAAGCCAAUCUUUACAAUCCCGAAGAGUAUGUCGGUCUUCGAGAUGAUGUCGUUCUUGUUGUCGACGAUGAGGUACUGGAGAGCGUACGAGCUGGACCUCCACCUAUGAUUAGCCUUCCUGAACACACAGGCACAGACUCGAGAUACUAUGCUAGGACCAGAAGCUCCAAUGGCGAGAAGGAAAUCUUUGUCAAAGCAUUGGAACUUGGCUACACAAGCGGAGAAGAAGGCGAGGUCCACAAGAGUGCCAGCAGAGGCCGCGGUGGUGGUGUAGUCUGGAAAGGCAUACUCAAAGUCUCUCCGCAACUUCCGUGGGCCGAGACAAGCCCUACAUGGGGUAUCUCUUCGACAGAGACCCUUCGUGUUCUAUACGUACAGCCAGAUACUCGAACACAAUUGCUUUUGGUAACGUCGAUGCCGCAGCGCAGGUCGCACACAAAAUCUCGUCGAGGAUGCAUCCAAUGCAAGCAGCGUCACGUCAAGUGCGACGAAGCUACGCCUAGUUGUGGAUAUUGCCUCAAACGUGAGAUCACAUGCAGCUUCAUUGCUCCCAGCGACGACAACGCAACAAGCUUAAAUGCAUCACCUUCUGGUCAAACGGGACAUAUGCCUUCCUCUACCGCCGGAUCCGCAGAAACAAGGAUGUUGGAGCUCAGAUUAAUGCACAAUUGGUCAACGAAAGCAUUCAAAUCGCUGAGACAACAUUCCGAUGAAACUCAUCUAUGGCAAGUCGUCGUUCCGGAACUGGCUCUAUCGCAUGAGUAUCUCUUGAAUGCAUUGCUAGCAUUAUCCGCUCGUCAACUAUCUUUCGAAGAUCCGAUAUGGGAUUGGGCUGCUUUGGAUUAUGAAAACCAAGCUCUUACGGGCUUCCAGCUCGCCCUGGGCUCCCUCGACUCUAGUAACUGCGAAGCGAUAUUUGCGUGCUCUAUACUUAUCAUGGUCUUUUCGUUGGCACAAUCUCACUGGCAACAUGGUCAUCAGCUAUCCGAUGCUCUGGUCGAUAUUCUUGAGUUACGUCAAUUUAUUGCUGGUGUUGGCUUGGUGCAUAGAGAUUACAGCGAUCUCCUACGAUUAUCGAGCUUUGGAACUCUGUUUAAUCCGCACACGCCAGGACUAGAAUCUGGUAACGGUACAGGUGUACCGCUUCCCGAAAUGUGCAGCAUAGUGCAUUCUGUACUUGUUAUUCUGCGAGUUGACGCGGCGAAUAGUGUGGAUAGCCAGUUCCACUCCAACGCCAUAUCCGACCUUUUACAAGCCAUGGGGUCCUACUGUUCAGGCGGCAUAAUGUCCGGCAUCAUGACAUGGCCAGUGACAUUGAACGAUGACUAUGUAAGUCUCAUCGAGACAAGAGACCCCAUGGCCUUGGCGAUACUCGCACACUACGGCAUCAUCACCCACCUCCUCCGGGACCGAUGGUGGGCAGCGGAUGCUGGAAAGCGACUUGUGCACGCCAUACUACCGAUCUUGACCGAGUCAAAGAAAGAGUGGGCUGAUUUGGUUCAACGGUCGUGGACUGCUGUAGCAAGCGAGCAGUCCUCUCACAACACACCACUGCCACAGCAUUAA